AUGCCGACAACUGCUGCGGCGAAACCAGUAAAUGGCCAUAAUCAAGGCAUAUUCCACAACACAACCGGCUUUAGCACCCUCAUCACGGUUACAGUUUUGACUCUUGCUUGGUUGGCCGGCUUUGCAUCCCGGCUUUUUGCUGUUAUACGAUUCGAAAGUAUUAUUCAUGAGUUUGAUCCAUGGUUUAACUACAGAUCCACGGCCUAUAUGGUGGAACAUGGAUUUUACAAUUUCUUGAAUUGGUUUGAUGAGCGAGCUUGGUAUCCUUUAGGAAGAAUUGUUGGGGGAACUGUGUAUCCUGGUCUGAUGCUUACAUCUGGUACCAUACAUUGGCUUUUACAUGCGCUUAACAUUCCAAUACAUAUUAGAGAUAUAUGUGUGUUUCUUGCUCCAGUGUUUAGUGGGCUCACAGCAAUAGCUACAUAUUUAUUGACAUCAGAGCUUUGGUCAAGAGGAGCUGGUUUGUUUGCUGCUUGCUUUAUAGCAAUUGUGCCUGGAUACAGUAGCAGGUCUGUGGCAGGAAGCUAUGAUAAUGAAGGAAUUGCUAUCUUUGCUCUCCAAUUUACAUAUUAUCUAUGGCUAAAAAGUGUUAAAAGUGGCUCAGUUUUUUGGUCAAUAUGCACAGCACUAUCUUACUUUUACAUGGUAUCAGCAUGGGGUGGUUAUGUUUUCAUUAUAAAUUUAAUCCCUCUCCAUGUAUUUGUCCUGCUCAUAAUGGGAAGAUUCUCGCAAAGACUGUUUGUGAGCUACACAGUCUUCUACAUAAUAGGACUCGUAUUUUCAAUGCAAAUUCCUUUUGUUGGAUUCCAACCUAUUCGGACCAGUGAGCAUAUGGCUGCUUCAGGUGUGUUUGCAUUGUUAAUGGUAGUUGGAGCAUUGAAAUAUUUACACAGUCUGAAUCCAAAAGGUGAAUGGAAGCAACUCCUGGUACUAGGUACGCUUGUCGCAGCUGGUGCCGUAUUUUUGGCGGUUGUGGCCUUGACUUAUAUGGGAGUUAUUGCUCCCUGGAGUGGAAGGUUUUACUCACUAUGGGACACAGGGUAUGCAAAGAUUCAUAUCCCUAUAAUAGCAUCGGUGUCUGAACAUCAGCCUACCACGUGGUCGUCGUUUUUCUUUGACCUGCAUGUGCUGGUUUGCACUUUCCCGGUGGGUCUGUGGUACUGCAUAAAGAAUAUCAAUGAUGAACGUGUGUUUGUUGCCCUGUACGCAAUAAGCGCGGUAUACUUCGCGGGUGUGAUGGUUCGUCUGAUGCUGACACUCACGCCAGUUGUAUGUGUUUUGUCUGGAAUCGCAUUCUCCAUAAUUCUGGAGCUCGUCCUUCGUGAGGAUGACCCAACACAAGCCCCUGUCGAGACUGAGGAGUCCAAGAAUUUGUAUGACAAGGCGGGCAAAGUAAAGAAACGCGCCCCAGAGCCAGUCCAGACGCAAGAUCAGGGACUGGGAUUAUAUGCACGUCCCGGCACAGUCAUAGCCUUCAUGAUAUUACUCAUGUUGUUCUCUGUGCAUUGUACGUGGGCCACUUCGAAUGCUUACUCCAGCCCUAGCAUAGUGCUCGCCAGCUAUGGCAACGAUGGAUCGCGAAGAAUUUUAGAUGACUUCAGGGAAGCAUAUGGAUGGUUAUCACAGAACACGGCUGAAGAUGCAAGAAUUAUGUCCUGGUGGGAUUACGGAUAUCAGAUUGCUGGAAUGGGAAAUCGAACAACACUAGUGGACAAUAAUACAUGGAACAAUUCCCAUAUUGCCCUUGUUGGUAAAGCGAUGGCGAGUAAUGAGAGUGCGGCCUAUGAAAUUAUGAGCAUGCUUGACGUCGAUUAUGUGUUGGUGAUCUUUGGUGGCGCUAUUGGGUACUCGGGAGAUGAUAUUAAUAAAUUCAUAUGGAUGGUGAGGAUUGCUGAAGGAGAACAUCCCAAGGAUAUACAUGAAGCCGACUAUUUCACUGAGCGUGGAGAAUACAGGAUAGACGCGGAAGGCUCUAAAACUAUGUUGAAUUGUUUAAUGUAUAAGUUGUCCUAUUACAGAUAUGAUAGUGGUGGAAGUCCACCGGGCUACGAUAGAACGCGAAACGCGAUGCCCGGAAAUCGCGGUUUCAAACUAACUUACCUCGAAGAGUCGUACACUACGGAGCAUUGGCUCGUUAGAAUAUACAGAGUGAAGAAGCGAGACGAAUUCAACCGACCGCGUGUCCCGAUCUCAAAGAGAACUAUAUCAACAAGCAACUCUAUAUCUAAAAAGACGUCGAAGAGAAGAAAAGGUCUACUUAAAAAUAAACCAACAGUUGUCAAAGGUAAGAAGAUGAGACUAGAGUGA